UCGGGGUGUGUCUGCACAAACAAGGAAGCCACCGCGCGCAAACAACGCCACCGUCACCAGUGGAGCUAAAAUGCAGCACAAUGAAAAACUGACGAGCCGAAUCUGACACUUGUUUGGCUUGCAAGGCGUCUAGAAAACAUGAAGAAGCAGCAGCAGCACCAAAGCCCCGCUAAGCUCGCGGCGGAAGUGCGCGUGCCAGAAGGCGAAGCCACCGUGCAGCAUCUCAACGAGCUUUUAUCCGACGGCAGCGGCGUCUACAGUUUACCAGCGCAACAUUUCAACGAGGUGUUUCCUCGGAUUUACAUCGGUAACGCGUUUGUGGCCCAGAAUGUGAUGCGUCUACAGCGGCUUGGCAUCACACACAUACUCAACACAGCAGAGGGCAACUCCUUCAUGCAUGUGAACACCAAUGCUGAGUUCUAUGCAGGAAGUGGGAUCACAUACCAUGGCAUAAAGGCCAAUGACACGGAACAGUUUAACCUCAGUGCCUUCUUUGAGGAAGGGGCUGACUUUAUUGAUAAGGCUUUGGCACACGCAAAUGGAAAAGGAAAAGUAUACGUUCACUGCCGAGAAGGCUACAGCCGCUCCCCGACUAUGGUCAUUGCUUACCUCAUGCUGUGUCAUAAAAUGGAUGUGCGAGUGGCGACUGCUACAGUGAGGCACAAGAGAGAAAUCGGGCCCAACGAUGGCUUCCUGCGCCAGCUGUGCCAACUCAAUGAGAAGCUGGCCAAAGAGGGCAAGCUGAUGACUAAAUGAUAAGCAACACGUAUCAUUCCUCUGGUGUCAGAGAUUUAUCUGCUGAAAAGAUCUUACCAGGCUAGCACCCCCCCCCCCUUCUCUCUCUCUCUCUCUCUCUCUCUCUCUCUGAUACUAUAUAUCUUGUUCUAUAUAUCUUGUAUUGACUAUGAUAAAUGUCCUGCUUCUCUGCCUUUAUUUGAUCACAAUUUCCCACAGUAAUGUACUAUGUAGCCACAUGCAAAAUAAUUAAAUUUAAUAUAUUUUACAAUAUAUUUAUAUUUUGCAAGAUAUUAUAUGACUUAUAAAAUAUUCCAGUAUAUUCCAUUUACAUGUGGAGUGUAAAAUACUCCUACAGCCAUCUGUUUGUAUGUCUAGCAUCUUUGGAGCUCUUUAGCCCAGUUUGCUUUCAAUGGUGUAGUUUAGAGCACAGUCACGCCAUAGUCUCCCACUGCCGGAUUUUUCACAGUGAUCGAUCCCAUUCCAUUUUAUAUAGGGUUAUAUAUGGAGGAAUUUAAAACAAUGCAGAGUAUACACAUACCUCUGUGCAAAAAAGCACCAAAAUUACACUUUAAUGGUAGAUUAUUGAUUUGGCUCAUUGCAGUUGACACUACUGAUUGAUAUUUACAUCAGUGCUCAUACAGUGAGGUUUAGACCACUGACAGGGUAUCCCAGUGUUAUUUUCAUGUUAGUAUUGCUUUUUUAUUUAUUCAUAUAUAUACAGUAGCUACACAUGUGAAGUAAGCAUUGUUCAGUCUAUCUAUCUGUUUGUCUAUCUAUAAAAUUUAAUUAUUCUAUCCACAUUCACUGGAUAUGAGCAAUCACAUGCUCUGAUUGGCUACUCUGCUACUAGGCUGUCAGCUCAUAUACUGUGAGUAGAGAAAAACAAAAUAGUGGAGCGUGUUGCUGAACCAACCGAUGACGAAAUAAAAUCUCUACUCAAAAACCAAGCCCCAAAAAAUAAAAAUCAAAAAGCAACAAAAUAUGGAAUAAAAGUAUUUGAUGGCCUUUUUUUUAUUUUUCAAGUAUCAUUUAUUAUAGCAUUUUUCACAAAUUGCUACUGUUAUUUUGCCGGUUUGUUUACAUUCUAAGCUGAAAUGAUUUUUUUCGGAUGUUUUGUCUAAAAUUUUUAUUAAUUGAAUUUGCUAACAAUAAAAAUACUCCAUUUCUCAAAAUCCAGUGACUGUGAAUAAUAAAACAGUUAUUUCACUCAAUCUCAUCGUACAUAGCUUAUAGUCAACUCAGCGCAACACGCCUCAUCGGCUGUCGGCUCAUGUACAACUUGAUUUCGUGGAAUAACUGUUAUCAUUAUCAGCCAUGAUAUAGGUUAGGUUAACUGGUGACUCUAAAUUGACCGUAGGUGUGAAUGUGAGUGUGAAUGGUUGUCUGUGUCUAUGUGUCAGCCCUGUGAUGAGCUGGCGACUUGUCCAGGGUGUACCCCGCCUUUCGCCCGUAGUCAGCUGGGAUAGGCUCCAGCUUGCCUGCGACCCUGUAGAACAGGAUAAAGCGGCUAGAGAUAAUGAGAUGAGACACAGUGCAACAUGAGAAUCGCAAACAUCCGACAUGUCAGUUUACUCCCUACCAAUCCAAAAUAAUACCUGAACCUUUUAUCCUCCUUGAGAUCACAGUCAAACUGUAGCAGAACCAUUAAAAGCAGUAUGUUUAUGUGCUUGCUUAUGUAAUUGUAAGUAUCAGACAUCAGAUACAAGGCCAAGCCAUGCUUUAUAUAGGGCAUUACUGGCAUAUAUACUGUGUUUUUUAGAGGAUUACUUUAAACCAAUCUAAUUAUUGGGUCUUUCUCAUAGCCCUGAUGUCGAGAGAAGGAUUACAAAUAGGGAUUGUAAAGUAUGUUCAAUUCAAAUUGGACUGAGAGCACAAAAGAAAGAUCUGAGCAUCAGUAGUCAACUGAGUGAUGCUCACUUGUCUUUGGUUUUUCCUGUAUUUUGUAAUGAUUAAGGAGACUCGUAUCACUUGGAACCCACUAGAAAACUAGGCCACAUGAAACCAUAGAGCAUUUUUUUUUUAUUCCGAUUUACUCCAAUUUCUAUAUUUAUAUGCAAUGCAGAAAUAUAUACGUGUAUAUAAAUAGUUAGGUGUUGACAUUUAUGAAUGUAUUAUAAACUGUAUGUAUAUUACUACAGUAUGAGUUCUUAAACUAAUAUCCAACUUGUUGUAGCCAUGAUUCAUAUGUUAAUACAUUAAUAAGGAUUAAUAAUAAUUAUCAGUAUUAAAAUUAAUAACAAUCAUAAUAAUCUAGAGCAGGGGUUAUCAACUAGCAUAUCAGGGUCUAGGCCAGCAAAGGAUUUUGUUUAAAACAAAACUUCGAGUCUGUACAUCCAAGUUUUGCAAAUAGAUAGAAAUAAUAACCCCUGUGCAUCUGCCGCUCAGCGACCAGUUUCCUCAUGAAUACGGGAAUGACAUCACUGACACAGAGACCCCAUUUAGAGAUGUGGGGAGGCAAAAGUAAUUGGGCAAAUCGAACAAAGAAAUACAUAUAUUCUUCAACAAUUGAUUCAAACAGAGCAGCAAAUAAUGACAUGCAUAGAAACCGAGACAGACGUUCAGAUCACUGCCAAGUAAGAAGACCUUGGGUGCAGAAGAAUACACAGAAGAAUACCUGUGUAUUAUGAAAAGCAGAGCAACAGGUGCACUUCAAAUAUUAAUCUUAUCAAAAACAAAACACAUUUAUACCUUCUGUAGCAGUUCUUUUGUUGCGUUUUAUCCAACUUUAUGGCAACUUACCAUACCAGGUGUUAGCCACAGUGGUAGAGACAUUAAGUCAGCGAACAAAUGUCUCAUUUCCAUCUUUGUUCUCUGGGGAGAGAAGUGAGCAGAUAGCAUUUUUAAAGGGGGACUUGGCACUGUAAAGAAAAACAAAACUUUUUAAAGAUGAGUGUGCAUGAUUUUAUUCUCCCUAAAAAAAAAAAAAAUCAGUUCAAGCAGACACAUUUAUGAAAUUGUUUUCUGUACUCAGUUUAUUAUAAAAGUUGUUCAAUUUCAAUAUGGAAUGAGAACCAGCAGGCACUUUUGUAAGCAUGACAUUUUUAUGUGGUCAGACCUUGACAAAGUUUAGCUGAAUACCCCUGCUCUAGAUCUUCAAGUAUUAUUUUGAAGGGUUUACAGUUUCUUAAAAGCUUUUAAAACAUUACAAAAAAUCAUUUUAUUCUUUUUUUUUUUUUUUUAAAUUACUGUCACGUUUUCUUUAAAAAUCCUAAUCAUAUAUGAGAGGGCCAAAGUCUGUCUUCACAGCUAGCACUGUCACAGGCUACCUCAAAGCAUCGAUUUCAUCUGUCCUAUUUAGUUUUACACACCAGUUUUCUGUACCAUAAUGUCCUGUUUUUAAAUGGUAAACAAAAAUGUGUAUUAAGAAAGUUUGAACCUUAAACAUUCCUAUAUUGUAUUCUGGAGACCUAGGCUUUCUGAAACCUAAUCUACUGUAGAUACUGAAUCCUGUCUGCCAUCAUAAGAAAAAUAUCAUGUACUAAUGUGGAUGGCAAGCAAAUGUCACUUAUUAGCAAGUUAUUUAUGAUGAAAAUGCUUUUUCUUUGAUUAUCUAACUUUGCUACCUUAGACAGAAAUCCCUCAUUCACCGCAAGAACUGGUUAUAAAGUAAGUAUUAGAAGAGAGUCACCACCCAACAAUGGGCAUAAAGGGUACGAAUGUGCGGUUUCUUGCCUGUUAGCCCCUUAUCUAGUACUCAUCUCGGUAGUGGAGAGAUACACUGCCACCUACUGUUGGCAAAUGCCUGUGAUUGUUAUCAAAUAGAAUUAUCAUUAGGUAAUAUUUAAUAUAAAAAUGUACUUUAAAUGCUUGAAGCUGGUAAUGAACUACUGUAUGGCUUAAUGAUAUCAAGAGUGAUUGCAAUGCUGCUUGAUAAUGUUUUAUGUCCUCCUCUGUGUCUACUAUAGUGGUAUAUUGUUUUGUACUUAUCAGGAUGCCUCUUAAAAUGGUCAACGUAAACCAAACUACUAAAUGCUAUGCUAUAUUUAAGGCGCUUAUCUGAUUGUCUUACCUGUGGUCUGCACUGAUCCUUGCUGAUGAAUUUACUCUAAGGUAUUAUACAUAUAUUCUGAUCAGCACAAGUAUAAUUGUUGUGUAUUGUCUGUACUUUUGUACUUUUUAGAAGCUGUCCUGUCUUACACACUGACACCUACGUAUGCUAACGUGUGUGUGUGUAUACACACUAGUUACAUGUAUUCCAUGCUCUGUCUAUUGUGCCAGAAUGAUUGAUUGUACUAUUACAAAUGAGAAACCCUACCAGUAUAUAAUUAUUAUUAAGUACCUUAGAAUGUUCUUCAGGUGGGUUUGGCAUGCAUUUUCACACUGCCAAAUUAUUGUUGUUUAGAUUGAGACACAUGUUCAGAGUGAGGCACAACACAAUCUGUGUUUAGUUCAAUUUAUGUCAAAGGCCCAAAAUAUUAAACCUCUUAAGAAUAUUACACUGUAGAAGAGGGAGAAGGGCACAAGAGCUGUCCUGUCAUCCCACCACAAAGCCUUACUCUGAAGACUGAUUAUAUAUUUUUAAUUUAAGUACUCACUCCACAAAGCAAAGGAUACAGCUUAUUACAAACACUUUAUAUAUUGAAGUGCACUUCAUUUUAAAUGACUGACAUGUUUCUUGAUUUUAAAUGACUGAUAUGUUUCCUGCCCUGGAAAUAUUGUAUUUAUGUCCAACUGUUGAACAAUAAAUUGCUAAAUUUAA